GCAAGCCCCAAUUCCUGAUGAUUUCAAGUGUAACAGAGACGAGCAUCAGCCUGAGUUGGAGUCACCCAAUGCAGCCCAAUGGAAAUAUGCUGACAUAUAAGAUUGAAUAUCGUGUGGUAUCCAAACCUUAUGACAGCAGUUUCACCUUCGAUCAAGCUGGUCUAUUUGAAACCAAAGAUGUAUCUGACCUAUCAGAUCUGAGUGGUACAGUAAUGAACCUAGAGCCAUCUACGGAGUAUGAGCUGCAGGUAUAUGGUAUUAAUGAGGCUGAUAUCACAGGAGAUAAAGCAUCUAUACGGCUCUUCACUGCAAUUAAAACAGAUCUGCCUCCUCCUGAGAAGCCAAGUCUUAUUGGAGAAAAAUCAACAAGCUCCUCGAUUGCCAUCCGACUGGUCGCUACAGCAACCUCCAAGUAUAUCACUGCUUACCAAAUUGGAGUACAGAUGACCAUUACUGUGUCAAGGAGAUCUGCUCCUGCUUUUGGACACUACAGGGACAAUCCAUCUGCCUACAUUGCAGCUGAGUUAGAUGAUGGUCUGCCAGAAAUAUUUGUAGUAGGUGACAACAAGGAAUAUGGCAGUUACUGGAACCCACCUCUGCAGGAGGGCGCUGUGUACAAGAUCUACGUUGGUGCUGUCAGCAGAAUUAAUGAAACGGAAGCCAAUGCAGUGUGGAAUGAAGAUCCAUUGACUGCGGAAGCCAAGUUACCGUCAACUACACCGAGCACUCUGAUUAUUGUUAUCUGUGUGGUCAUUGCUGCUAUUGUGAUAUUAGUUGGUGUAAUCUGUUACACCCGAAGACGUCGUAAACAAAAAAGACGAAAUCCUCUACAGCAUCAAGGGAUUAAUGCUGGGCAUGAGCUUGUUUCUUAUGAGAACGCCGUACCACGAGAUGAGAAACCAACCACCGCACCAAUCCCAAAAGAAGUUUCCCUGGUACAAGAGUCAGUUUAUGAACCUGUGGGCCCCGGUUCAUCUGCACAUGGAGGUGCACUCCCAGCACCACCACCAGCACCACCACCAGCACCAGCACCAGCACCAGCACCAUCACCAGCACCAGUACCAGCACCAGCACCAGCACCAGAAUCACAACCCACAUACGAAGAUGUUGGUUUGCCAACAUGGGCUAACCCAUGGAGUAUCUUGUGGGAGGAUUUGUUCAUAGGAAAUAAAGUAAUUGGGAAAGGACACUUUGGUGAAGUGCGUGAUGGUGUUGUUAAAGUAAAAGGAGAUCUGUGCAGGGCUGCGAUCAAAAAGCUCAAAGAAAGUGCCACUUACAUAGACAGAGACAAUUUCUUAGAAGAACUGAAAACCAUGACUCUUCACGGAAGUCAUCCUAAUCUCGUCAAGAUUCUGGGUGCUUGCCAACAUGAAGGUAUAUUGUAUGUAGCUAUGGAGUACUUAUCCAACGGUGACCUCCGUUGCUACCUGAGGAAGGCUCGAUCCAUGGAGGAUGAUGGUCAAGCAUCGCUGUCUCCUCAGAAGCUGCUCCAGUUUGCUCUAGAUGUGGCUAAAGGAAUGCAACACCUCGCUGCGUAUGGGGUGAUACAUCGUGAUUUGGCUGCAAGGAACAUUCUCCUUGAUGAUAAUCUGGUUGCCAAGGUUUCUGACUUCGGUUUGUCACGUGGAGAAGACGUUUACGUACAGACAUCAAAGACUCGUGUCCCUACUCGCUGGCUCUCUCUGGAAUCACUGACUCACCAGACGUACACCUCGAAGAGUGAUGUGUGGUCCUUUGGAAUCCUGCUCUGGGAAAUUGCAACGCUCGGUGGGACACCGUACCCUGGUAUCAAGACUCAGUCCCUGACAUCAAGGCUGGAGAAUGGAUACCGUAUGCCCAAACCAGACAACUCGGAUGACAAAAUUUACGAGGUGAUGCUUCAGUGCUGGCAGGAGGAUCCAAAUAGUCGACCAUCCUUCAAGAAACUUGUCACUGACCUUGAAACAAUGGCCGACAGCAAGGAGGAUCAGAUCUACAUGCGACUGUUACCGAGCUCGGAAAAGUAUUUGUAUGUGAACAUUCACCCAGAACUUGACGACAACUAAAAUUGUCCUUUCUUGUAAUAAAGGGCAACACUUCUUGGUACAAGUCGAACCACUAAGUUGUUUCGUUCGACAACGUCAAUGGGAACCUAAUUUAACGGAGAUUUGGAAGUUGGAAAACAAAAUAACAUACAAUUAUUCAUUGUAACGCUUUUACCUUGGAACGUGUAGUCAUAAACGCAAUAGAUAGGCCUAUUUAGAUGUCGUGAUGAAAUACAGAGCUGUUUUUUCUUUUCCUUUUUGUUUCGUUGAUUAAAAUAGGCACUUAUAUAGCCUGAUUUAAAAAAAAAAACAUUUGACUUGUGAGAGAUAGUUAUUUUGAUUUGAGCGUGCCUACAAACCUAAAGCUGAUCUCAAUUCUGAUACUAAUUCCAAAACUGAUGUUAAACUUGUCACCCUAAAUCUAACUCUGAACUAGAAACGUCAGUUUAACUGAACCUUGAAGUUUCGAAAUUGGUCCUUUUCAAAAUUGUAACACCAGUUAAAAAUCUUGUUUUGGUUCGGAUACAACCUUACGAUGAAUUAUAUUAUCAAACUAACAUUAAGCUGUUAAUUGUAUACACUGUGACGCUACAUAAAGAACGCAUUGCUAUCAAUGAUACCUUUAAUGAUUUUUGUUUUUAAAUUAUCUGUUAUAAUGUUUUUUUUUGUUAAGGUAUUUGGUUGAAGUUCUUGAUUAUUGGAUCUUAUCACAACAAGUGUUGGUUUAUGUCAUUCCGUUUAAGCCCGUGCUUUGACUAGUUUUUGACUUGCUUUUUUAUGUGCGUUUUCUUUCGAGAGUAAUGCACAUAAUAAUAAAAAAAAAAUAUAUAUAUACAUUGAACUUUCCCUGGUUAUCCACCAUAUACACAGACCAUUUGAGAUGCUUAUAUAAAAACGUUUAUGCUUUAUUAUUAAAGUUAUAUUUAACCAAGAUUGUGUUAUGUUACGUUUUACAUGUAAUCAGUUGUUGUUAAAAAGUGUUAACUAUAAUAUUUUAUUAAACAUGUGGAUACAGAAACUGUGGAAGAGAUAGGGUUAUUAUGAAGAAAAUCUGAACGAAAGUUACAGAUCCUCUGAAUCUAGUGUUCUUAACCGCUCAGCCAUGACACGCCACAACUGUGGAGAAAAGGAAAUGUUGGCAGAUUUUCUUACAGAAACAAGUGGGCAAAUAAUAUAAUAUAUGGUUAAAACGAACGAAAGCAGAGUGCAAGCAACUGAAAGGAAUCACCAUGAAGGAAUACCACAACAAAAUGCUUACUACAAGUAUAUUGACUGGGGCAAGCGGAAUCAUUGUUAACUUUGUAAUCUACUUGUAUCUGUAUAAAAUAAAGCCUGACGAGAACACAACAAUUUAUGAUUAACUCAUUUUGUUCAGUACAUGGGGUAGUUGAUGGGGCAAACCUUACCACCCGUAAGACUGCAGGUGCCCUUUUGUCAAACCUCGGUUUGGGCUUCUUCAACAAAUUAGUGUACGUUUAUAUGUGAACAUCAUUUAUUUAAACAAUUAUUUUGUAUUUAAUUAGGUCAAUGUCUCUUGAAGCACUAUUUCUGGCAGGAGGGACGUUUGUUUCCGAUGUUAUGAUGGAUUGCAAAUUUGCUGUCCCAAAUCGCAGCCAAGAAAACGUCAGAGACUGAAUGGUUCAGUAGAAGGAAGUUCGCACUUUUUUUUACAUUAAUAUGAACAUGUAGAAAACCCAUCUAGUCACAAUUUGACUGGACGAUUUGUUUUCGUUUAUAUUUUUUUUUUGUUUUCAAUUCGUUUUGUUCCUUUCUAUUUUUUUAAAGGCCAAUUUCCUUGAGAGGGUAAAAGAGGACGUGGUGGAACAAAAAAACCAUUGAAACUAGGGCUUUAACAAUUUUGUUUUGCAAUGAACUGAGACAUGAAAACGUCGGCGCGCAUGUGAACGUUCUACGAUAUUCUUUGCACCCAAAACAUUUCCGUGGACAUGAAACCUGGCGACAAGAAAAAAAAAAUGCUCAGGAACUUUAAUUACACAUCAGCUCGAGUUCCCUCUGGCUCAGGCUCCAUCGUUAAUAUUUUGUUUCCAAACAUCCAACGAGAAGACUGGAGUAAAAACUGAAGGGGUUCAGCUUUAAUACGUUAAAAAAAAAAACCAUGGCUCUCGGACAUGUAAGCAGCAGCAUGGAUGAAUGUCAUAUGCUAAAAAAUAGCUAAAGGUUCAGCUUUAAUACGUAAAUAAAAAUAAAAAAAAUAAACCUCACCGCCCUCAGACACGUAAGCUAUAAAGCAGAAUGCAUGAAUGAAUAUUGUAUGCUGAUAUAAAAUAGCUAUUAUAGUUUGAUGCUGAUAUAAAAUAGCUAUUAUAGUUUGAUGCUGAUAUAAAAUAGCUAUAUUAUAGUAAUACUAGCUGUCCCAGUCAUGACCGAGUGGUAAACAUUGAUCUGGUGUGUAAGUUAUUUGGGUGUGGGUUCGAAUCCCGGUCGAUACACUCGAAAUUUUGUUAAUUCUGGGACCCCAAUUGUCUUCAGGCGUAAUGUCAGUCCCAAAUAUGAUACCGAUAAUUUUAAGUUAGGAAGCUAUCAGUUCUACUUCUCCAGUUCCCUAACCAAAGACCUUUAGAUUUAUCAUGGAGGAAUUGAUUUAUCAACAUUAAGUUUAGAACCACUACCUUUACAAUACACGUUGAGAAUGUUUUGAAUUACAUCGAAUUCCUUAUUGUCACUAACAGAUAUAAAGUGUCGUCAGCAUGUUGGAUUAAACGAACACUGCAUUCCCCAUUAGGGGUAACAAUA